AUGGCUCACAAGCGCAAGCGCUCCGAAUCCGAACUCGUCACCCUCUUCCCCUCGCCAGCUCGCUCCGAAUCCAGCAUCGAGUCCUUCGAGUCACCAAUCUCUCCAAGCCCCAUCUAUCCUCGCGCACAUGCGACGCCAUCGCACCUCUCGAGUCGCACAAUGAAGCGCUUCCGCGACAACAGGCCCUCGGAGGAGCAAAUCCAUCAGCGUACUCUGAACAUGCUUUACUCCGCACAGCAACACAACCAGUACCCAGCCGACGCAGGCCACGAGACGAAUCAGUCCGAACCCACACCCGUUCCUGCCGCCCGCAACACCCAGAAGUCCCUUCACAGUUUCUGGAAUAUCAAAUCGGCCGAGCCCAGGUGCCCCGCCUUGGCCCCGUCUGUGGAUCAGAGCGCGCUGUCGCCGAUGAGCUGCGACGACUGCGGCGCUGGUCUUGGUGCGUCGGAUGGCGCUGCGGACGGGAUGGAUAUCGACGAUGGUUACAGCUACGGCGUCGAUCACUCUUGCGGUGGAAACGAAGUCGUUCAGUCCAAUGAUAUCCAGUGGAAGGCCGGAAAACCCGGCCAAGGCGCGUGGCUAGGUGCAGCCGCCUGCAUACGACGUUCUGAACCAACAGACGACGGCAGCAGCCUAUCGCAACAACCUUUGCCGUAG